UAGUGGAUCAGUUGAUCGCACGCAAUUAACAACACGAAGCAAACAUGGCUCCGAAAGUUUUGUAUCUCCUGCUCAUCGCCUGUAUUUUUGGCACCAUCAUCCAGAUGAGUUUUGCUGACGCAUCCAAUUCAACCAAGGCAUCCGAGUCAACCAAGGUAUCCGAGUCAACCAAGGCAUCCGAGUCAACCAAGGUAUCCGAGUCAACCGAGUCAUCCCAGUCAACCAAGGCAUCCGAGUCAACCGAGUCAUCCCAGUCUACCAAGGCAUCCGAGUCAACCGAGUCAUCCAAGUCAUCCGAGUCAACCGAGUCAUCCAACUCAUCUGACUCAUCUAACUCAUCUGACUCCUCCGAUUCAUCCGAGUCACCGGCUCCAACCAAGGCACCGGUAAAACCGGCGAAAGAACCUGCAAAGAAAAAGGACGACAAAAAACCACAAAAACAGCCCACCAAAGCAGAAGAAACUGAAAACAAGACUGUGGUGAAGAAACUGGAGAUCGUGUUACCAAGGAUUCCAAUGAUCUCCCCGGUCCCAGGACUUAAACCGAACGUUGAAAAAGCUAAAGAUUUGGUUGCACGCCGUUUGAACAAAGGAGGCAAUUUUGUCAACGCCGUUGCGAACAGUAUAAGACUUGCGGUCCAUGCUGCUAAGCCUGUCGUAGCCAUAGCCAAAUUGAUCAGUAACAUUGUACUGGUAUUCGCCGAGGUAGCAUCAUUAAGCCCAGUCCGACUCGGACUUCUUGUUCUUCAGGAAGGUGUGAAAAUUGGCAUGAGUAUCAUGAGCGUGUCCCUUCCUAUUCUGAUAACUGGAGCUAUAGUGGCUGCGCAUUAAAUAAUCAACUAUAAUGUAUUAUAGUAGGUCAUUUACUUUAUAUGCAACUAUGUAUUAGUUUUGGUUGCAAUUAUAUUUACGCAUAAUGAAAA